AUGGCAGUCCUGAAUGCUCAUGAUAAGUCGGUUCAAGCGGAAGUCGAUGUUCACACACACCAAGACGCUCCAAGUCCAAAAGAUGAGGACCUCAAAGAAUCAACAUCUCGUCCGCCGUCGCUGGCAAGCGAUGUCCUCUCGGCAGCCGGCGUCGACAUGACAUCCGACGACCCAACCAUGCCGUGCCUUACACUGCGCAUGUGGACCAUCGGCAUAGCGUUUUGUCUCGUCGGCAGCGGCGUCAACACGGUGUACACGUUCCGCUUCCCGUCUAUUAGCCUCUCCCAGUCUGCGAUCCAGUUCCUCGCGUACCCCAUCGGCAAGGCGUGGGAAUACGUCGUGCCGGACUGGGGCGUCACAAUGGCCGGCACGAGGCAUAGUCUGAACCCGGGUCCGUUCAACCACAAGGAAAACAUACUGAUAUACAUCCUUGCAAAUCUGAGCUUCUUGACGCGCCUCAGCGCAGACGUACUGACGGAGCAGCGCGUCUUUUACGGCUGCGAGGCAGGCUGGGGCUUCGAACUGCUCAUGACCAUCGCCACCAUCCUGUUUGGCUUGGCGCUCGCGGGCAUGUCGCGGUCGCUCGUUGUCGAGCCGCCGGAGCUCCUGUGGCCGGGCGUGCUGGGCAACACGGCGCUCAACUCGGCGCUGCACGGCUCGCCCGGCAAGCAAGCUCCAUCCGAGCAUGCGUGGAAGGCGUCCCGGUACAGGUUCUUCUUGUGGACGUUCGCGGCUGGCUUCUGCUGGUACUGGGUCCCCGAUCUGCUCUUCCCCGCGCUGGGCUAUUUUACGUGGAUAUGCUGGAUCGCGCCGCGCAACGCGGUGGUAAACCAGGUCUUUGGCAUGAAGAGUGGGAGCCAGAUCUCGUACAUCGGCUCACCGCUCGUGGUCCCUACAUGGGCCAUCCUCAACGUCCUCGCGUCCGUUGUCUUCUGGAUAUACAUUGUCACGCCCGCGUUGUAUUACUCCAACACGUGGCUGUCGGCGUACCUCCCGCUGCAGAGCAACUCCAUCUUUGACCGGACGGCCAAGGUGUACAACGUUUCGAGAGUCGUGAACAAGGGCGACGGCUUCACGUUUGACCGGGGCAAGUACGAAGCGUACUCAGAUAUCCGACUCCCUGUGACGUAUGCGCUUAACAAGUUUGGCCUCGCGUUCGCGACGACGGCCUCGCUCUUUUCGUGGACGCUGCUGGAGAAGCGGCAAGAGAUUGCUGGCAUGCUACGCACGUUCAGCGUCAAAUACAUCUUCUCUCGGGGCGGCGAGGUGAAAAGUGAGGAUGAGAACAAAGCCGAUGGACGCGCGCCUUAUUACGCCGAGGUGCCUCUCUGGUGGUACGCAGCCGCAGGCCUGCUCGCAGCGUUUUUCGCCAUGUUCGCAAGCGAGUACUACCCCGUCCAGCUGCGGUGGUACGGCGCGUUGCUAUCCCUCGUUGUAUCCGCCGUCUUUUUCGUCCCGAUCGCAUGGGUCUACGCGACAACAAACACAAAGAUUGGGAUAGAACUCUUCUGCCGCAUCAUCGCCGGCUACAUCUGGCAGGGCAAGGUCCUCGCCAACAUCUGGUUCUUUUCACUGGGGUCCAUCUCGGGUGUCAAGGGGCUCGCCUUUGCGCAGGACCUUAAGCUGGGCAUAUACUGCAACAUACCCCCGCGGCACCUGUUUCUCGUUCAAGCCGUAGGCCUCGUCGUCGGCUCCCUCGGGCAAGUCUCCGUCCUCAACUGGGCCCUCAACCACAUCCCGCACAUCUGCACGGCCUCCGCCCCCAACGGCUUCACCUGCCCCUUUUCGCGCACGCACUUCAACACCAGCACCGUCUGGGGCGCGCUCGGCCCGCGACGCUUCUUCGCCCCCGGUGCGCCCUACCGCGCGCUCCUGUGGUUCUUCCUCGUGGGUUUCUUGCUCCCCGUGGCUCCGUAUGCUCUGCGCCGCGCGUUCCCGCGCCAGAAGAGAUGGCUGCGCCGCGUGCACGUCCCGCUCUUCCUCGGCGGGCUGGGCUACAUCCCGCCCGCCUCGGGCACAAACUACGGCAGCUGGGCGCUCGUUGGCCUGGUGUUUGGGCUGCUGGUCAAGCGCUGCCGGCGGACGUGGUGGAAGAAGUUCAACUUUGUGCUCAGCGCGUCGUUGGACUGCUCGACGGCAAUAUCGGGCAUUAUUAUAUUCUUUGCUGUCGUCUAUACCGGCGCGUCGAAUCGGCUUUCGUGGUGGGGGACCGAGGUAUAUCAGGUACGAGCGGCCUCUCCCCAUCAAGAACUAGCAACGCCCCGACACUAA